AUGGCUGAAUCAGUAGAGCCCACAGAGUCUUUGGUGUCUCAGCAAAUGAAUGGAGACGGUUUAAAAGCUGACGGGGCGGGACAAACAUCGUGGGACAACUUCUCUCAAUGGCUGUGUGCUGUGUGUGUGGUGACAUUUGAUCUAGAGCUGGGGCAAGCUUUAGAGAGCAUUAUUCCGAGUGACUACUCUCUCUCUGACACUGAGAAGAGCAAUGUGUGUUACCUCUCAUUCCCCGACUCUAACUCUGGUUGUAUGGGGGACACUCAGUUCCAUUAUCGUAUCCGAUGCAGUGGUGAGGGGGCGGGAGGUACUAGUCUAAGCCACACCCAUCAUCACCAGGGUGCCCCGCUCGUACUCACGCCUGAUCCCGGUUAUUAUUAUGGGUUUGUGUACUUCAGACAAGUCAAGGACGCAGACAUAAAGAGAGGAUACUAUCAAAAGUCUGUUGUCCUCCUCACAAGACUUCCUUACAUCACCCUCUUCACACAAAUGGUGCAGAAAAUUGCUCCAGAUUAUUUCACCAAUGGUCUCCCAUCUCUAGAAGCAGCUUGCCACAGUAUCAACACGUGGCUUGCCCCCAGACCUGGGAAGGUUCUGCAGCUCCCACUCCUGGGUCAAAUCAUCCAGGUGAGAAUGCCGAGCAAGUCUGACAAGAUUGGUAGUGCAAGAUCACCAGAUGAUGUAGCUAGGAAAUCAGCUGCUGUAAUGGUGGUUCCCUCGGUCCACGACCUAAACCUUUACCAGGCCCUGCAGCCGGUGCUGAACAGUUUUGAGCUUAUUUGGGAGCUGGUCAUCACAAAUGAGCCCAUAGCAGUAAUGGCGGGCUCGCCCACACUGUGUGCCAAUGCAGUACAGGCACUGGUCAGUCUGAUCCACCCACUCAAGUAUGCCAGUGACUAUCGUCCCUUCUUUACCAUCCACGACUCUGAGUUUAAGCACUACACCACCAGGAGACAGGCUCCACCUCAGGUCAUUCUUGGGGUGACUAAUCCCUUCUUUGUGAAGACUCUCGACAACUGGCCGCACUUGAUACGACUAGCUGACCAAUCAGAUUCAGAGGAAGACUUUCCCGGGUCAAGAGGCGGAACUGGACGGUCGCUAGGCGACGGCUCGGACAAGCCAGGAGUACACACAAAGUACAAACCUUUUCUGAGUAGGGACAAAAACUUCGCCAAGAUUAUAUCCACAAGCAAGAGUGCUCCUGGUAAGAGGCCUAUGGAGGUGCACAACGUGAUGAUCAAGAGACAUGCUCUAGAACUGACUACAAGUUUCAUCAUACCACUGGAGCGCUAUCUGGCUAGUCUGAUGCCACUCAAAAGAGACGUAUCACCUUGGAGACCACCACCUCAAGUGAAGGUGUUUGACCUGCCCACGUUCCUGGAGACAGUGGAGGGGGCGGGGCCUCAGCUCACCACCGGGAUCAAGGGCAACUGGACAGGAUUAUAUAAACGUUUCGUUUUGUCCCCUAACUUUAUGUCCUGGUUUGCUCUGAGGAAGGAGGAGGCUAACCAGAAACUGAGGCUACUCCAUCUUGACACCCUCUGCAAAGCCGACAUGAUGUUCUGGAUGAGAGACAAAGCUGAGGUGGAGGUGGUGGACUUCCUGUUGCAGGUCAAGGACUGUAUGGCUGCUGCCUUUAAGAGCCAUCCAUCAGUACCCCAGCAGACGCUGCAAGCAUUGCAGAAACAGAUCAGAACUGUACUUAGUAAAUUACCAGAGGACCUUCAGUCAUGUCUUACAACAACUUUCACUCUUUAUCUCUGACCAUGCACUUUCAGUUUCAAUUUGUUUUGUAUACAUG